AUGAAACCAUCAUCUGAACCUGAAGCCAAUAAUAACGAAAACAAUAACCCACCGGCACAAGAAACACAAAGUCAGACAGAAAAUCAACAAGCGGCAAAAGAAUCUAAUAAUUCGAAUUCAGAAAAGAAAAAUAGCCCCAAUCCAGAAAAGACAUCUUCACGCAAACGGAGUAGCAAAGACAAAAAGAAUUCUUUUCAGUCCGAAGGCAAUGAAAGUAACGAAGCCACUCAAGAAAUGGAAGAAAAACCUAAAAAAGAAACAACUGAAACAACAAACCAACCUUCAAAACCAGAAACUCAGACCAAAACACGCAAAGAGAGCAGUGCAAACACAGAAACAACACAAUUAAAUUCACAAAUGAAAUCGAUCCUUUCAAACCAUGAAAAUUUAGGUAAAGAACCCUCGAGUUUUACUAAAGAAGAAUUUGUGGACAGUUUAAAGUCAGUUGGCGAUUCUCCACUGAAAAAUAAAUUAGAACAGAUUAUUAAGACGGGCUGUCCAGGUUUAAAUUAUUUGAGAAUCAUAAACAACAAAGAGAUAUCUUUGAAAGAUAAUACCGCUAAGCGCGGCGUCUUGUCCAAAGAGAAAUUAUUAAACUUCAGAAUUCCGGUAAAAAUUUCCGGCAUCGGUCGUCAGAAUCCAGGAGUCGACAUUGUACAAUACGUCAUCAACGGCCCAACAAAUUGCGUUGAAGAAUUUUGCUCAAAAACCGAAAAUUUCUGUCGACCACUCGACGUCAUCGGAGCUUGUGCCCGAUUGAACAAGAUUACUGAAGAAGAACACAAAGCUCUCGUCCAAGGCCUCGAUCACCGUAUAUUUGAUAACGCUCCCCGUGUUUUCAGUUACAUUUCGAACGGUUUGUCGAAUGGUCGCUUCAUUAAAGACCAAACUGUUCACAGUUACACGAAGAAGAGGUAUCCGAUUGGUGCACCAAGUUGUAAAGGUGUUGAUCCUCUCGCCAAAAGCCUUUUAAACCUUUAUUACGUUGCUGUCGAACAAAGAACAUCCGGAUCCGAAAAACCACACAUUAUUCAGCAAGUUUCGAACAAUCUUGAAGCCGUUGAAGACUACCAUGCGGCUCACGAUGUUGAGAUUGCAAGGAACGAGUGUUGCAGAAGGCAUCUCUUGGAAUACGGCAGCGAUUACAUCUGGACAGCUCCUGAUUUGAGUGAUGAAAUGAAAGUUUUGUUCGGAAAAAGCGGUUGUUUGUUCCUUAAAUUAUUGGAUUACGAUAAAAAAGGAGUUCUUUAUGAGAAGAUCGUUCAUUUCUUGAACAUGAGAGGUGCCAAUCUUCAAAUAUCAAGACUCUUGUUGAAACCAAAAUGGUCGAGAACUUUGGAGUUGUAUUUCCCAACAUCAAGAGCUCAUUUCCAGAAAACUCCAAAACACAUCAACGAUUACUCGAUGUACAAAGAUGUGAGACCUCCUUUGCCAUUCAAGAGAGAUAAUAUCGCCAUGAUAACAACAAUCUUCGACAAGUUCUUCAUACAGAAGACAGAAGAUCCCAAACCUCCUCAACCAGAAGAAAUCGAAAAAUGGAAACAAACUGUAAAUAAAAUGAUCGGUUUGUUGAGAGUUCCUGAUGAUAUUCCAAUGAUGCUAACAUAUUCACAGGCUGCAAUGUUCUCUUCUUUGUGCAUUCUCUCGCAAAGACUUGAAGUUGUAAGAGUUAUGACACAAGUUUGCGACAAAGGUAGAAAAAUUCCUCUCGAAAUCGGUUUGACGGAUUAUACAAUGGCCGGUGCAGAGAGAGUUUUCGAAAUAGCGGUCGAAACAAUUAUCAACAAGAAGAGGAAACUCAAGGAUGGACUUUUGGAAAUUGCUGGACUCUUUAGAAAAGUUGAUAUAACUUUGAUCGCGGAGUUACUUAAGAUUAUGCUCUUGGCGAUCAAAACUUUGAAACACCUCUCACAGACUGAUAACAAAGAAGGACCUUUGGUCAGAGUUGUCAUUUCUGGAGAUGUCGUGGAGAUGGCUCUUCAGGAUCUCAAAAUUAAUGAGCCACCUCUCUCUAUUGACCUUGAGCAGUUUAAGCCAAAGGAAGGUUUCAGAUAA